AUGGAAUCUUGUUAAAAUGAAAAACAUAUUGGAAAGCUGCUUUUUGGAUAUUGUUCGAAUAAAAAAUGUAUUAGUAAUUUAAACACAUUUUGUGAUAUUUGCAGAUAAUAUCACGAUGAACAUUAAUAGGAUUUACAGUAUUUGGAUUCUCCAGACAACAUCAAACUUAAGAAUAUCGAAUAUAUGAAUUAAAUAAGUAAUUUUUUAGAAAAUCAAAAAAAUUUUUAUUUUGAGUUUUAAGAAAACAUUAGGGAAAUGGAUUUAGGUAACUUGAAAAUUGAUUAUGAAAAUAAUAAUUAUCAUUUAAUAGAUUAGAUGAAAUAAAUUGUAAAAAUAUAAAGUGUUUUAAAUACUACUUUGCCAAUGUGUCAAAAUGUACAAUAGUCGUAUACUUAAAUAAUAUAAGAAUUAAAUAAAUUGCAUUGUAUUUUUUUAAAUCAUCAUAAUAUAAGAAAAUUAAAAAUAAAAAGUUUAGGAAAAGCCAAAAUAAGAGAAGAAAAAGAAAAUAGUCUAAAAAAUUGAGAUGAAAUAGAAACAAUUGAAUGAGAAAUAAGUUAUUUCAGAAGUAAAAAAAUGGUAUGACUUCAAAAUUUAUUUUUCGUAAAAAUUUAAAUACAAAUGGAUUAAAAUUUUGAAUAAUGGAUUGAUGGCCAAAAAUGAAGAUGACAGAGGCAUGGUCAUAUGCGAGCCUAUACUGCCUAAGAAAGGAUAAUAUCGAUUUGCCUUUGGUAUCAAAGAAAACGCUUAUCUGAUUUGGAUUGGAAUUUGUCAUAAAGAGUUUCUUAUGCAAAAUGACUAUUAAACAUAUUUUGAAGAAAAACCAUAUUCUUAGAAUGGGUAGUUAAUUAAAUUAAAAUUUAGGGUUUAUUUAAUAAAUAAUUAUGGAAUACCUUAUUCACAUGUCCUUAAAGACAAAAAAGAUUUUAAAGAAUCCUUCAUUUUUAAACCUGAUGAUUUAAUAAUUGUAUAUGUAGACAUGGAUGAAGGAAACAUUACUUGGGAAAGUAGAGUAUCAAAUAAUAAAUAUGUAUCAAAAAAGAAUUCAUUAUUUUAGUCAAUGAAAUUUGAUGCAACUUAAGAUGUUCAUGCUUGUGCAGGAAUAACUGCAUUUUCACCUGUAUUCAUAGUUGAGGAGUAUUGAAAGGGAAAGCAUUGAUUAUUUAUUAAAUCCUUUCUUCCAUAUUUUAUUUUUAUCUCCA